AUGGAUGAAGAAGUAGAGUCAACAUCUACAACCGCAUCGAUUGAGCCUCCAGGGCACGACAUCUUCUGCACGCCCGAAAACAGCGAAUUCCUCUCACAAGUUGAGUAUAAAGAUCUCAACCCAAGCGCCAGAGAAAUCCGCCUUCUCAAAAUCUUGCCCAACUCGGGAUCACGCUUCAUCGAGUGCGAACUGCUACCCAGCGUGAGACUCGCUGACGUGCAUAAGCAAUAUCUUGCACUGUCAUACUGCGCAGGUGAUGUGCGCAACACGAAACCUAUUCUCGUCAAUGGAGCGAGAUGCAAUGUCUUUGCCAACCUGCACCACGCCUUAAACACAGUUCGCUACUAUUGGAAGACGCAUACGUAUCAUCGAGAUUUGUUCCUAUGGGUGGAUCAGAUAUGUAUUAACCAGGCUAAUCUGGCAGAGAGAUCUCACCAAGUUGGGUUCAUGAGAGCCAUUUAUGAGAGUGCGAAGGAGACUCUCAUUUGCUUGUCUGUUGCCGAUACAAUAGGAGACGGUAUGAGAUGGCUUGUAGAACUGGAACAAAUCCUUGUUAAUCGGCUCAUAAUCGGGGAUACAGUUCCCUCAGAGUUCCGACUAACACCAUCCCAUCCUUUUGUACUAACGCAUCAGUUUCGGACUGAGUUGCAAGGACGUCUGGAGGACGAUGAAUUUGCCGAUGGCUGGAUCAAGUUCUGCGAUGUCUUGAACAGCCCAUGGUGGGGAAGGGCAUGGGUCUUUCAAGAGUUUAUGGUGUCUUAUCGAGCGACUUUCCUACACGGACUGCACUCGAUGGCCUACCCGGAUAUGCUAAGACUGAUUUGCGAUGUUUGCCUAGCAACGUUGGAGAUACUCUUCGAACGACACAGGACUCGCGGGACGCGCGUCAGGAAGAAGCUCAAGCGUGCCCAAGCUACCCGAGCAAAGAUUGCACACUCAAUUACCAAAGUUCUCAGUGUCCUCCUAGCUAAAAAGGAAUGGUUUCAGAGCUUCGAUCUGAAGAGGCUUUUGGUCUACACGCAGAACUGCCAGUCUUCUGAUGAACGGGAUCGAAUCUACUCUAUGAUUGGUCUCGCGCAUCCUGGCUAUGCAUUAACACCGGACUAUUCCUCUCAGAACAAGAUUGAAAACCUUCUCGUGCAGACCACGAAACGUAUAAUAACUUUUGAGGAUAGUCUGGAUGUCCUGUCCUAUCUAAGUCGCGGUGAUCCCUCGUCUUCUGGCCAGGGAGAGUUGCUACCCUCAUGGGUUGUUGAUUGGACUAAAGUUCAAAACACCCUCGAGCCCAUGCUCUACAGGACAAAUAUGGACUGGGAUGGCAGCAAGUUCGUCGCUCACUACAUCAAAUCAGGGUGCGCUGACGCUUCAUUCGUGCAAGUCCCACAUCCAGUUUACUCUGAAUUGGGUACUACGGCGUUGCAAGUGUGGGCGGUGUUCCUCGACUCUAAACUCAUGAUUGGCCGUCACGAGAUCUUUGCCGGUAAGAAUGGUUUCUUAUUCAGGGCUAGAUUUCCAGUACAACAUGAUGAUGAACUAUGGGUCCUCUGCGGCUCAUCGGAGCCUUUUCUGUUGAGGAGAUGUUCGGGAGGAUAUAGGAUCGUCGGGCCUGUGCUUUGCCUUACUUUUACAAUACAGCCUCCUAUGCGGGAGUUUGCAAAUUUGAGCAAGUACACUGACGAAUCUGGAGAUCUUGACCCUUUCAAGAUGGAAAGGAAACGGAUUACAAUCUUUUAG